AUGUUUUCAUCUCUAGGUCAUGGAACAAUCUUCUUUACAUUUUCUCAUGAACUGAUUGAAGAGUACUAUUUCAUCAACCAGUCCAAAAGCUGGAGUGAGGCUCAGCAGUACUGCAGAGAGCACUUCACUGACCUGGCCACGAUAGAGAGAGAGGAGGACCUGAGCAGAGUCCACAUCCCGGCUGGUCAAGUGGCUUGGAUUGGUCUUCAUGAUGACCCUGCUGCGUGGUUUCAAGUCAUGACCAAUGCCUCCAACUCCUGGAGAUGGUCUGUCACUGGGGCCACCAGCCCUGGAGGCUUCCAGAACUGGAAGACAGUAAAUCCAGAUAAAUGGGCUGUUCAGUCCGGUGUCAAACAGUUCUUUCUGCUGAAUGACAUAAGCAGGACAUGGCUCGGCUGCCAGAGCGUGUGCAGACAGAAUUACACGGACAUGGCUCAGAUCGAGAGUGCAGAGGAGAACCAGGCUGCGGGGGCGGGUUUAUUGUAUAAUACCUGGAUCGGUCUGUACCGAAACAUAUGGCUCUGGUCGGACCUCAGCAACAGCAGCUUCAGGAAUUGGAAGCUUGGAUCACCCAAGAACGAAAAUAACAAUGAGCACUGUGUCCAUAUGAAUGAAGACGGCCAAAUGCAGGACGACACCUGCUCAGAACCACAAAAGUUCAUCUGUCAUGGAGGUCAAGGAGGGAGAGGAGCAGGUCAAAGAGGGAGGAGAAGGUCAAAGAGAGAGGAGCAGGUCAAGGAGAGAGAGGAGCAGGUCAAAGAGGGAGAGGAGAAGGUCAAGGAGGGAGAGGAGCAGGUCAAAGAGAGAGAGGAGCAGGUCAAAGAGGGAGAGGAGCAGGUCAAAGAGAGAGAGGAGCAACAUACAUUAUGA